AUGGUUUGGUGUUAUUGCUUUAUUUGUAGUAAAAGUGAAAAAGUUGUGAGUAUUCAAACAGAAAGAUUACAUAGACAAGAAGAAUUUGGAAGAAUAGAUCAUUUUAUUGAUAAUUGUCAGGAAGAAACUAGAGAACCAUUAUUAUCUACUAGUCAAAGCUUUAAUUUAUCAAUAUCAUCUGCUGAAGAUUUAACUACAUCAUUUUUAGCAAAAGAUAGUGAAACUGAAACUGAACAAGAAAAUAAUUUUAAAGAUUCAUUAUCUAUAAGAAAUACUGGACUACUUGAUGAUAUAGAAUUAGAAGAUAGUGAUAUUGACGAGAAAACAAUUUUAAGCUUUAAAAAUACUAAAACAUAUACUUAG